ACUCAAACCCUAUCUGCCUUUUUGUCUUCCUGAAUGUGUAGAUUGAGAGAUCAUCACGUCUACAAACACUUUCUCUCUCCUCUCCUUCUUUCCCUCUAACACCCGUCAUGAUAUUCUUUUUCCACACAAAACGUCGUCCUAUGUUCCUUCCUUCUCCUCCGCGUCCUCUUCCUUAAUGAACGAUUUUUCCUUCUUCUUCAACAAUUUCAACACCCUAAUCUCUUCCAGCUCUUUCUAAUUGUCGAUUAAUGGAGGGCUCUGUGUCCGACGAUCUCGGAGCGCCGGAAUCGUGGGAGGUCGCCGAUUUGGACGCCACCAUGACCCGAUUGGGCCUCUCCUCCUCUUCCUCUUCUAACCUCGAUUCCAACUCACGCCGUCAGUUCACUGAAUCAGGUUCCGGGUUGAAUUCGAAUUCCUUGACGUCUUCUUCUUCACUUGACAAAGUCUCCGACGACGUUCUUAAUCAAGUUGACCAAUUCCUCCGUGAAGCUCUGCAAAACCCUCGCGAACGCCUCUCCAUUCUGCGGAUGGAGCAAGAUGUUGAAAAGUUCGUUCGCAAUCCUACUCAGCAGCAAUUAGAGUUUCAGCAGCUGCCUACUUCAUAUUUACGCUUGGCUGCUCACCGGGUGGCACAACAUUACUCAUUGCAGUCAAUGGUUUUGUUAGACAAUAAUUUUCCUGAUGGUUCUAAUUCUAGAAUCAUUGUCCGAAAGACUGCUGAGCUCACUCUUCCUGUGAUUCGCUUGGCUGACAUCCCUGUAAAUUUACCAUCAGAUGAAAGUGUUGGGGCUGUAAAAGUUGCAAUCAAGCAAAGGCCACAAAAGAAAUCACAAACUGCCAGUAAUUCGAGUUCAAAUUUGAUAAAGUCAAAUAGUUCCAAGAGUGUGGAGGAAAGAAAAGAAGAAUACAAUAGGGCCCGUGCGCGGAUAUUUAACUCUAAUAAUUUUAGUGGUGGUGAAAGUAGAAUAUUGGACAAUGAAACUAAGUUUCCGGAUGGUCCCUUGGGAGUGUCUAAGAUGGAAGAAAAGUCCGUUUCUGGAGCUUCUGGUUUAAAUUCUGGUAGAGGUUCAGCUGAUUCUUCUACUGGUAGGGGUUCGGUUGAUUCUUCUACAAGUAGCAGUAGACCAGCUAGAAGUAGAGUAGAGAAGGAUCCAGUUGGUAGGUAUAGACCUAAUAAUAAUAGGGUAGCUAUCUUUCGGGAUCGCGAAAUUGACCGCAAGGACCCUGAUUAUGACAGAAGCUAUGACAGGUAUAUGCAAAGAUUUGAUCCUGGGUUUGGAUUCAAUAGUGCGCCAUACUCUAUACAGCCUAUGUACUCCCCUGCUAUGACCUAUAACACUGAAUUUCCUCAGCUUGGAUCUGCCCAUAGGCCACAGAUUUCUACUGAGCACCAACCUCAUCCACUUCCUCAACAUCUUCCUGGGCCAUGGGCUGCACCUUCAACCCCUGCUGGACUUAGUUAUGGUCAUCCAGAAACAAUGAUGACACCAUUUAGUCCAAAUCAUGUUGGUGCACACUCUGGAUCUGCCAUAUAUAUGCAUUCUACACAAUAUCCUUCUCAACGCCCUGGAAUGCCUUUUAUCCAUCCUCAUGAUCAUGUUCAUCAACCUUUUUCACAGUCUCAAGUACAACCCGAUGCAACUUUUGGAUUAGCCCGGCCCCGAUGAGGGGCUUGGGCGAUGCCUGCGCCCUGCCAACCAGUAUGUGAGCUUGGGUUUUGAUGGGCAGACACUGGAAAAGGAUAUCCCAGUUGGCAGAAGCGCAGGCAUAGAGAACCGAGGUGGACUGUGUAGAAUUUAAAUGGACUGGCAUUGAUACACUCCACCAUUCUCGGUUUCUCACCUGCAGGUGUCAUCCUUACAGAAGGAUGAAGAAGCUCCAUGGCUUGAAAGAUCCAUUAUUUUGGAUCUGUCGAUAGCUCUAUUUUCCCCAUUGAUGAUGGUGAAUGGAGCUUUGAUCGAAAUGUGGUAGCUGGUAACACGUGCAGUGAUUUGAAAUUAAGUUUCACCCCAUUGCAGCAUCAGGAGGAGCAGAAAAGAGAAUAUGGUUGAAGGAUCAUUGUCUGGGAGUUGAGAUUUGGAUUUGGUGCCAUAUUCGAAUGGUGAGAUGCUUGCUCAAUAUGCUUUGGCAGAAACAUUUCAGUUUCUUGAAGGAAAUAUUAAUGAUAAAUUGGUUGGAAGUUCAUUGCAAAAACAUUGUGAUUCUUGAUUAAUCUGUAUGAGUUUUGGGGGUUAACGGAUAUCCUUAUUGACAACA